CCAACUAACAUAUGACUUUAUUUGAAAGUUAUAUGUGACACAAUGUAUAUCGUUUGAUUUUAGCAAAUAUUUUAGUAACGAUAGAGAAAAGCAUGUCCAAACGAACUUUGCGAUAUUUCGUAGAUGCCUCUAAUAAGACUAAAGAAAAAUAUAUAGAACCAAAAAAUAAUUAUAAUAAUAGUCCUUUCACAGAUGAAAAAUCCUUUCAUAAUUCUCAUUCAAAGAAGAUAAACGAAUGUGGGAAAAAAUAUUCAAGAGGCGAAAACGUGACAGAGCAUAUAAAUAUUAAAUCAAAAUAUCAACGAAUUAAAGAAUUACAAAGAGAGAAACGUCUUUAUUUUGCUGCAAAAACAGCAGCCAAAACAGAAAUCUUACUCACUGAGGAAUAUGGCUAUAUAAUUCCUGAAAAUGAAGAAGAAAGUUAUGAAUUAACUCAAAAAGAUAUAUUGGAAAAUGUUGACAUAUCUACGGCAAAUAAGUCUUUUAUCUUAAAUUUGGAACAAUUUGGCCCCUAUACCAUGGAUUAUUCAAGAAAUGGGCGGGAUCUGCUUUUGGGUGGCACUAAAGGUCACUUGUCUGGUUUUGAAUGGCAUACUAAAAAGUUAAAGUUUGAAGUAAAUGUUGGAGAAGCCAUUAAUUGUGUUAGAUGGCUGCACACCGAAAAUAUGUUGGCCGUUGGUCAAAAGAGAUGGGCUCAUAUUUAUGACAACACUGGCACCGAAUUGCAUUGCCUUAAAAAAUUAUACGAUGUUUUGCAAAUGGAAUUUUUACCAUAUCAUUUUUUACUGGCUGCUGCGAAUUCGAAAGGUUUUUUAAGUUGGCUCGACAUAUCCCUAGGCAAAAUAGUGUCUCAUUUAUACACAGGUUUAGGUCGCUUGAACGUUGUUUGUCAAAAUCCUCAGAACGCCAUAAUUUGUGUCGGUAGCUCCAAUGGAUGUGUUUCAAUGUGGUCGCCUAAUUGCGCAUCUUCUAACUCAGAAACCUGUGCCAAACCCUUGGCCAAAAUUUUGUGUCAUAGGUGCCCGAUUAAAAGUGUCGCCAUAGACUCCAAGGGAAUGUACAUGGCUACAUGUGACAUCGAUAAGAAUCUGCAUCUAUGGGAUUUGAGAAAUUACAAAAUAUUAGAUGCCUUCAGAUUAACCGGUUGCGCAAAUCGCUUGGCUUUUAGUCAAAAUCAACAUUUAGCUCUUUCAAUAGGUUCCAGAAUCGAAAUUUAUAAGGACUCUUGCAGCCGUAUCCAAGAAGAGGGUACAUCUCCGUACAUGCUAUAUGACGUUAAUAGUCGAAGCACCAUAACUGAUCUCCAAUUCUGUCCUUUCGAAGAUGUCCUGGGAAUUGGACAUUCAACGGGAUUCACCAGUAUCAUAGUUCCAGGAUCGGGAGAAGCAAAUUUUGAUUCGUUCGAAGCGAAUCCUUAUCAAACCAAAUCUCAAAGGAAAGAAGCGGAAGUUAAGGCUUUGCUAGGAAAGAUUCAACCAGAAUUAAUCUCCUUAGACGCUGGUAACAUUAAUAAAGUAAAUGUGAUCACUCUUCAAGAAAAAUUGGAACAAAGAAACAAAAUAUUGAGUUUAAAACCAAGGAAAAUUGAUAUAAGAAUCAAGAAACGAAAAUUCAAGAAAGCUACUUCUGCUCGCAAAGUUGCCGCCAGGAAGCAAGAAAUUCUCUCAGAAAAAACUAAAGAUUUUUAUGACGAUUUGAGCCUAUUAGACAUGAUAGGAGGUGAUACAAUAGUGGCCGAUAGGAGGAGCAAAAUAUAUACGAAUACUAUCCAAAAAUUUAAUGCAUUGGAUUGUUUUAAACCUAAAAAAGCGAAAAAACUUGGAUAAUAAUUAUUAUUUUAUAUUAUAUUUGUUGUGCAUAUAUAAUUCAGCAAACCGAGAUUAUCCGAGAAAAAAAAUCAGAAAUUUUACAAUAAAAUUUAU